CCAGGGUGACGAGGCGAGGUCACAAGCUCCCGAGCUCAGCUCUCACACACACACACACACACACACACUCACACACACACACACACUCUCUCACACACACACACACACACACACACUUCCCCGCCGGGAGGGCGGGUCCUAAACACGUCCACGGGAGAUACGCAGGGAUCAGGACCGGGGGGUGAAGGCUGAAACUCUCACUCAUUGCGCGUCAAAGUUGCUGAAAGUUGUUUGAAGGGGGUGAGCAUGACCAACAUCUCGUCGUACAGCAACGGCAUGCCGAACCUGCGGAAGGAGCACCUGUACAAGGUGCUGGUCAUCGGGGACCUGGGGGUGGGGAAGACCUCCAUCAUCCGGCGCUACGUGCAUCAGACCUACUCCACCAACUACAGGGCCACCAUCGGGGUGGACUUCGCCCUGAAGGUGCUCAACUGGAACUCAAAUACUAUCAGGCUUCAACUUUGGGACAUUGCAGGUCAAGAACGUUUUGGAAACAUGACAAGAGUUUACUACAGAGAAGCCAUGGGAGCCUUCAUAGUGUACGACGUGACGCGACACAGCACCUUCGAGGCUGUGGUGAAGUGGAAAGAAGACCUGGACUCCAAGUUAACGCUAGCUGACGGACAGAGCAUUGCUACAGUGCUGCUGGCUAACAAGUGUGACCAGGGCCGAGAGAUGACCAGCAAUGGCAUCAAAAUGGACCAGUUCUGUAAGGACCACGGCUUCGUCGGCUGGUUUGAAACGUCUGCAAAGGACAAUCAGAACAUCUCUGAAGCUGCAAACUUCCUGGUCAAGCACAUCAUGGCGACAGAGAAUGAGAUCUUGAAAAGCGUGAUACCAGACACCAUCUCACCUCAGUACAACAACAGGCAGUCGAGCUGCUCUAGCUGCCUGAAAUAAUCAGUGGACGGCAUAAUCCACGUCUGAAGAGAAUUCCUGAGAGACAUAGUUGGACACAGAGGGACAGGCACAUGGCUUCUUUGUUCCACAAUGGAGGUGACGAUUUGAGUUUGCUUCAGGAUCUGAUGGACUCAGAUUGCACAUGAAUUUAACAGACUUUGCUAACUUGACAAACUGUGAGUUUAAAAUUCUUACCAGUGAAACAAUAAUACGUUCAGACAGCCGUAAGACUUAAUUUAUCACACCAUUAUUUUGGACCUUUGGGUUUGUUCUGUGCUAGUUUACGUUUACUUGAAAACAGUUAAUCUGAGAAAAGACUGCGUGGCCCGCCCAGAAUAAACAGUGGAGUCAAUUCUCCCAGCAUGCUCCAUGAAACAAACUCAAAGGACAGCAUGCACAAACAACUAAACUCAACAGCUAAUUGGAAGUCUGAUUCAAAUUUAAAUCUGUUCUUCACCAUUUCUUGUGAUUCCUUUCUUUCACCAGCAAAAGAAACACAGUAUUGACAGCUUUCAACGGCCGAAAGAAUGACUAGAGUGUAUUUAUGUGGAUUUGCACAUGCAUUGCUUGUUUUUAUUGUAGUUUUAAUUUAUUUACAGUUUGCAUUUAGGAAAUACUAUUUAUGUUAUGCUGGUUAGUUUAUGAUGUAAAUCUGCUUAAAUACUCCCUACAAAUGACCAUUGUGUAAGUCCUAUAAAAGCAGGCUAAUUAAGUAACAAUGCAUUCCUAAUAAUAGCCACAAUUUGUUGGGGGGCAAGCAGCUGCAAGGAAAGACACAGUUCAACACUCACACACACAAACAUCCUGGAGUUUGUGUGUGGUAACUCGUCCUUUCUGGCCUGUGGGCUGCCAGUGAAGACGUUCAGUUUUGGGUGAUGAAAGGUUUGUCAGACAUGUUUGUUUGUUAAUGGAGGAGAGUGGGUGUCCUGUGUGUGUCUAAGUGUGUGUGUGUGUGUGUGUGUGUGUGUGUGUGUGUGUGUGUGUGUGUGUGUGUGUGUGUGUGUGUGUGUGUGAGUGUGAGUGUGUGUGUGUGUGUUGGUUAUUUUUUUCUUCAUCUGAAGGAAAAGAGCAUUGAUUGUCUGGAUGUAAACCAGACUUUCUUAUGAGUUUGCCUGCCAGUCCCGAACCCUCUGUAUCCAUGGUAACUGGAUCAAGUCUUUUUUAUGGGUAUCCUCAAACGUCUGUGUGAAGCUAUUUCUUGCUGUACUCCCAACCAUACAGACAUAAAUGCACACACACAAGGUACAAACACAUGUAUACGCACAUAUUUUUCUGUUUUGAAUGUCCUUGUUGCAUUUUGUUUUCCUUCUUAACAGUUUUUUUUUUUUUUUAUCUUAAAAACUCUGGCCUCGCUCAGCACGGAUGUCUUCCUUUUAAAUGUCACCAGCCCCCCUUUCCUGUACUUUCUUCUCUGAUUCAGCAUGUACUGCACAAUUACACAAAACUGCACAGGCUCAACUACACACCCACAUAAACAGUUUUAAUUAGUGUUCUUCCAACAAGUUGACAGUGGAUGCAUUAAUGUGACUGUUUUCUGCUUUUUGGUGGAUCUGUGGAUUGCUCGAAAGCAAUUUAUUCAGGAAAAGCUAAGCUAGCUCAACACACUGUUGUCACAGGUGUGUCACUUUUAUUACUGUUACUUAAGGCACAUACAAUUUUAUGAUCUGAUACAAGCUGCGUGUUUACUUCUUCGUCUUGGGUGUAAAAUGUGCUGAAGCCAGAUCAAAUUCAUUGCAUUACAUGGUCUAUUAAGAUCCACACAGAUUACAGAAAGUGCAUGAUAGUGUACAUGUGUAAUCGCUUUCUUAUGUGUCUAGUCGUCAGCUGUGGUCGCACAGUUAUUAGCCAGAUCACAGUAGUGUCAUAUGUCAUAGUGUGUGUUCUUGGUGCUAAUCUACUGCGUGCACAUUAAGGCCUAAUGGACUCAAAAGUUACCUUUCCCACAGGAUUACAACCUCACAGUGUUCGUCUGGGUCAUCAUGAGGCUGUGCAAAGGGAUGCAUCAUGUGACACCACUGUGGUCUCACUAUAUAGAUUUUUGAACUGAUUUGAAUUUUAGAAAAAGCCGCAUACCCACAAGCACCCAGGAACACACACGUGUGUCUGUCUGUGUAGGACAAAACCCUUCCUUUUUUCCUUUGACCCACAAGGGAUCUGCACGUCUUCUUGCGGAUUGCUUUCUGCACGUUAUUUAUUGUAAAGAAGUAAAAAAAUAAACGAGCCAAUUUCGCACA